AUGAGUCACUCAGAUAUACAUAAACACUUGAUUUAUUGCACCUUGACAAUCAACUCCACCACAUUAUACACCUAUGAGAACCACCAACUCAUAUCUCACUUCCCUCGUACAAAUUGUUCUGAAAUCAUCUCUCAGGAAUUGGGGUUGAUAAACUCUUCCAAAACAUUGGUCGGCUCCAUUCCAGUUUCAACAAAUACUCCAAGAAAAUUGUCGCUUUAUUUUAUGAAAAAGUACAUGAAUGUGGAUGGGAGUAGAGACUUGGUGACAAUAGUUUCCAUUGCUCAUAACGAUGUUAACAAGACUUUCAUUUUGGUGGUGUUGAAAACCAUCAUGGACAAGUAUAUUGAUUUCAAGAAUCGUCAACAAGAUCAAAACGAUCCAGCAUCCAAGGCCAAACCAGGAGAGUUUAAAUUAUACAUGAAGCAAAUCAUCAAACACGAAGAGCAAAACUAUGAUGUAAACCAUCAGAGUUAUAAUUACGGAUCCACGAAUGAUGCCAAUGACGGCAGUGGGUCUGUAAACCAAAUUGGACCGAAUCAAUUACUACUUGCGAAUGAAGAAGUUGGAGAGGUUAGACAGCUCAUGUUGGAUAAUAUCCAUAAACUAUUGAGCAGAGGUGACAAGAUCAACUCUUUGGUGGAUCAAACAGACAGACUCAAUACUUCUUCGCUGGUGUUUCUGAAAAAGGCACAACAGAUAAAGAGACGCAUGUGGUUUCACAAAACAAAGUUUAUUCUAUCCGCUAUUGGCGGUAUAUUGGUGUUGCUUUAUCUAUUUAUUGCCAGUCAGUGUGGAUUUCCUUUAUUCAACCAGUGUAUAAAUUAA